GCGCCGGCCUGGGCAUAGUCACGUGUCAGCCAAAGAUGGCUCCUCUGCGGCGAGUAGAGCAAAGGUUGCAGUGAACUCCGGCGUGGUUGAAGAAGACUGGGGGAGGCACUGGCUGCUGGGAGAUGAGCAUAAGGCUCAAGAUGAAAAAUCAUGGACCAGAUGAUACUGUCAAAGAAAACUUAAUUUUAGAUAUCGCAACCAAAAAAAUUAAUCAACUCCCAGAAGCAGAAAGGAAUCUACUUGUACAUGGAUCAACAUUUAUUGGGCUUAAUGCUGCUCUCUGUGGCCUAAUAGCAAACAGUCUUUUUCGACGCAUCUUGAAUGUGACACAGGCUCGUAUAGCUGCUGGCUUACCAAUGGCAGUGAUCCCAUUUUUGACAGCACAUGUAUCUUACAAUGGCUUUAUAAGUUUACCUUUGAGUACAGGUUAUCUGAAUUGUGAAACCUGUACAGUAACACGAGCUGGAUUGGUUGGUCUCACUUUUGGUGGUCUGUACCCUGUUUUCUUGGCUCUACCUAUCAAUGGUGGCCUAGCAGCCAGGUAUAAAUCAUCCCCGCUACCAGAGAAAGGAAACAUCCUAACUUACUGGAUUAGAAUUUCUAAGCCUGUCUUUAGAAAGAUGUUAUUUCCCAUUUUGCUCCAGACUGUGUUUGCAGCAUACCUUGGGUCUAAACAAUAUAAAGUACUUAUAAAGGCCCUUCAGUUACCUGAACCUGGCCUAAAGAUUCACUGACUUAAAUAUGUACACCAAAAUAAAAUGUGAAUAUAAAAAUAA